GCAAAAGAAUGUUUUGUUGUCAAGGAAAUCGGCCGCCAUGUUGUAAUGGAAGUGAACGACAAAAAUACUUCUUAGGUUUUUUAUUCUUAAUUUGUGGUAGAUUUUAAAUCAGUAGGUAAAAAUACAGACCAAGAUGACUGUAAACUUGGAAGAAUACUUUAGGACUACUUUUGAGGACAAACUCCUCGUUAAAAUGCCUGAACGCGAGGAUGACCACCUCACACCCGCAACAAGGCUUCUGGAAAAGCGUAGAGAGAUGUCUGAGGUCGAACAAGCUCUUGGGGCUCAAAAAGAGGAGUUUCAAAUGAAGAUGGAAAGCUUACAACAGAGAAGAGAGGAGUUGGAAAGAAAAGAAUAUCAACUCAGAGAAUCUUUGCUCAAGUUUGACAAGUUUUUGAAGGAAAAUGACUCUAAAAGAGCCAGAGCUCUGAAGAAGGCUCAGGAAGAGAGAGACAUGCGAAGAGCGAAAGACUGCGAGAUUGCAAGAUUAAAAGAGGACACAUCAGGCCUUAUGAAAGGCAGAGACAAAGUCCAGCACAGGCUGGAAAAGUAUAUUAUAUACCAACAGUACCUGGAAAAAGUUCUGGAAAAUGCAGAAGAGUUUCAAGAAAUAAGAGAGAUCAUCGCCAGAUAUGACACCUUGACUGCAACUCAUCAGGAUCUAUUGGAAAGAGAAUUGAAAAAUCAAGAAAAGUAUGAAAAAGAAAAAGCAAGGUUAAUAAAGUUUACUGAGGAGAAAAAUAAUGAAAUCCUCAACUAUAACAACCAGCUUGCAAAUCUACAAACUAAACUUGAAAAAACGCAGAGUGUGGCUGUCAAAUGGGAAUCUCAAUGGACACACAUCAAGAAUACAGCAGCCAAGAAAACAUUACUCUUGGGAAGAAUAAAGAUGGCAACACACAACUUGUUUAUGCUAGUGAAUAGACACCUAGGACAGACAGGGAUGGUGGACAUGACCGAUAAACAGCUGGAUAAGAUCCAAGUAUUCAUCCAAGAUCUGACGCAAAUCACUCUCGAUAUCAAACGCGCGGAAAACGCCAUCACGGCGUCAGGCGCUAAUACGGCGGGCUAGCGCACGUCCUGUCACCACAGACGCCUUAGAUAUGCUUUUAUUUUCGUGUAAAUUACACCUUAUGUUAAAUUUUGUAAAUAGAUAUGAGUUGUUGUAAAUACUGUCGUUGUGAAGUCCUGCUCUAUGGCAUGGAGAAUGUCUAAUAAACGGUAACAAAUGUUGUAAAA